AUGUCUUCAAGGCCAGAGCCCAGAAGGAAAAGUAAUGUCAGCAAACAGCGUGGAAAAUCACUUAGUCAAGGGUCAUUCCUUGACGGACAGGAUCACAUUCACACUAGAGCUAAAUCGUAUGAAUGUCCUCCAUGUGGGAAAGCCUUUAGUACUUGCUUUAGGCUCAGACAACACAAGAUGAUUCACACUGGAGAGAAACCAUAUAAAUGUCAUGUGUGUGGGAAAGUCUUCAAUCAAAGUUCCCACGUGAAACGACAUGAGAAAACUCACACAGGAGAGAAGCCAUAUAAAUGCUGCCUAUGUAAGAAAACUUUCAGUCAAAUCUCUUACCUUAGAAAACAUGAGAAAAUCCAUCCCAGAGAGAAGCCCUAUGAAUGUCAUCUGUGUGGGAAAACCUUUAGUCAAAGUUCUGGACUUCGCACGCACAAGAAAACCCACACUGGAGAGAAACCACACGUAUGUCUUCUGUGUGAGAAGGCCUUCAAUCAAAUUUCUGAACUGACUCGGCACAAAAGGACCCACACAGGAGAGAAACCCUAUGAAUGUCAGCGAUGUGGGAAUGCUUUCAGUCAGCAUGCAAACCUGAGACACCAUGAGAGAACCCACACAGGAGAGAGGCCCUAUGAAUGUCAGUGGUGUGGGAAAUGCUUCAGUCGUGGCUCUUCCCUGAGACGACAUGAGGGAACCCAGCACUGGAGAGAAAGUCAGGAGGGCCCUCAGUAG